CGGAAGUUCAGCAACGCCGACAACAUCGACGUUUUCAAGCCGUUGUACACUCCCCAAAAACCGACACAUCACCACCACCACCACCACUCAGCUGUUGUACCCCGGGUCAAAUUCACAACGGCCACUGUAUCGACAAGUAAGGGCCUCCGAGCUGCCAGUGUACUCUCCGAUUUCCAACAAUGGCUGCGAAUGCUCUCAGGAUACUGGUGCCCGUAAAACGGGUCAUCGACUUCGCCAUAAAACCCCGUAUCAACAAAACCCAAACAGGCGUCGAAACUGCCGGCGUCAAGCACUCCCUCAACCCAUUCGAUGAGCUCUCCAUAGAAGAAGCCGUCCGCCUACGCGAACGCAAGGGCCCUAUGACCGUCUCCGACAUCCUAGCUAUCUCCGCCGGUGGCCCUAAGUGCGCAGACACCCUCCGCACCGCCAUGGCCAUGGGAGCUGAUCGAUCAAUCAUUGUCGAUGUACCCGAGAAAGCAGACCAGGCAGGCUUGGAACCAUUGACCGUGGCCAAGAUGCUGAAGAGCGUAGUCCAGAAGGAAAAUAUCAAUCUAGUGCUACUAGGCAAACAGGCUAUUGAUGGUGAUCAGGGACAAACGGGCCAAAUGCUGGCUGGUCUCCUGGGCUGGUCACAGGCGACACAGGCGAGUAAGGUUGAUAUAAAAGACGAUGCGGGCACUGUGGAGGUCACUCGGGAGGUGGACGGCGGCGUGGAGACGCUCAAGGCCAAGUUGCCCAUGGUGAUUACUACGGAUCUGCGGUUAAAUGAGCCACGCUAUGCCAGUUUGCCGAACCUUAUGAAAGCGAAGCGGAAGCCGUUGGAGAAGAGGACUUUGGCAGAACUUGGGGUUGAGGAUACAAAGAGGUUGAAGACUUUGAAGGUUACGGAACCCCCGGCCAGGCAAGGAGGUGGCAAGGUAGAAGAUGUCGAUGGAAUGAUUGCCAAAUUGAAAGAGCUGGGUGCUCUAUAAAAGGGUUCCUUCACAGUUCAUUGUCGCUGGCUCUGCCCUCGCCAUCAGUGUAUACGUACAACUCAGCUUCCUUUUGGCGUACUGUGUUUUUUUUUCGUCAUAUUUUUCCUCUUCCUUUUCUGUCCCCUACAAUAUAUGCGAAUCUGUGCAAAACAUCCUACACACGACGUGAUGUACAUGUACAUAUCUACGUACCUCCUAUUUUGGACGCCAUCAAAAACCAAUAUCAAAAAAGACCUACUCGAUAUAUGCGUCUACUUGCACCAGAGAUUUUGUGCUCCUGCUUUCAACCCUGCCGUUUCUUUUAGAUAUACGUGUUAUUUCCAAAAUGAAUGACAGUCGGACCUUCCAACAUUUUCGCUUGAAAGGUUAACUGAAGGCACAUGCACAUUUCCAUACAUCGUAUGGGUCAUACAGGCAGCUUUAAUGGUCCGUAAUGCUCAACAGUGAAUAGGUUGGAAUUGCGCUCUAGUGAAAGAAACAGUAUGACACGCUCAGGUUUGCACAGUGAAUAAUAUCUUCCCAUAGGACAGGGCACUUUACAUCAGUUAA